AUGCUGCGGCGCCACUUUCAGCUGUUUCUUCGUAGGACGCCCCUGUGGCUUGCUGACGAUGGUUCUUCUCUUUUUGAGCGUUACACAGAAAUUGAGAACUCUAACGAACGACGGAUGAGUGCACUGAAGGCAUGCGGAAUGUUUGACGAUGAGUGGAUUGCCACAGAGAAGGUUCAUGGCGCAAACUUUGGGAUUUACUCCAUCGAAGGUGAGAAAACCAUACGUUACGCGAAAAGAAGCGGUAUUAUGCCUCCCACUGAGCAUUUCUUUGGCUAUCAUAUGUUGGUACCGCAGUUGCAGCAGUACAUCACCGUCACCCGUGAGAUGCUCUGUGACAAGUUGCAGAAGAAGUUGCACACCGUUCUUAUAAACGGCGAGUUGUUUGGGGGGAAGUACGACCACCCAAGUCUUCAAAAGACGCGAAAAACGGUUAUGGUGGCAGGUAAACCCCGGACAAUUAGUGCCGUGCAGACGGAUUCGUUUCCUCAGUACAGUCCUGAUCUUCAUUUUUAUGCAUUUGACAUCAAAUAUAAGGAGACUAA